AUGCCUGGAAAGACUCUUACUCCUUAUGAACAGGUCCCUGUGACCAAGGAAGACCUGGAUUGGGCUGAACUCAUCACUCUUGAUCUGGGCAAAUUCGAAAAGCCAGGCGGCAAGCAGGAACUUGUCAAGCAACUCGAACACGCUGUUCGUCAUGUCGGAUUUUUCUACGUCAAUAACUUCAACAUCAGUCAAGAGGAGGUAGACCGCCAGUUUGCUCUAGGUCGUGAGUUCUAUGACCUUCCUCUGGAAGACAGACUCAAGUACCACGAUAUCAAAGCUCUUGAAUCUGGCGAUUACAAUGGUUACCGACCUGCCGGUCUCCGCUCUCUUGCCCCCGGUGUCACGGAUAACAUUCAGGUUUAUAACCUUCCCAAGUUUGAUGGCCAUCAUCAACGUCAACAUCCGCCCGUCCUUCAAGACCACAUCGAUGAGAUCGAAACCUUCAGUCGCAAGUGCCAUUCGGAAGUCGUGGUAAAGCUGUUGAGACUAUUCGCCCUUCUUUUAGAAGUUGAUGAGGAGUUCUUCGUCAAAGACCAUGUCUAUGAUGACUUUGGUGAGGAUCAUCUGCGUUACAUGCAUUACGCUGCCCGCAGCGCAGAGGAGAACGCUAAAGUGGGAGAGCUCUACACCCCCGGCCAUACCGAUCUUGGCUCUGUAACGCUACUGUUUCGUCAACCAGUUGCAGCAUUGCAGAUUUUGAACAAUGAGGGUCAGUGGAAGUGGGUCAAGCCUCAGGACGCAACCAUCACUAUCAACACUUGUGAUGCCUUGACUGCUUUAACUGGUGGCUACGUCAAGUCCAGUGUCCACCGCGUUCGUACACCUCCGAGUGAUCAAGCUCACAUUGACCGCCUAGGUGUCUUGUAUUUUGCAAGACCCAACAACCACGUCAUCCUGGACCCAAUCAAGAGUCCCGUCCUUGACCGCCUAGGUCUCACUUCUAAUGAUUUCACCAAGCUAGAUCAACAUCUUACCAUGCAACAGUGGGUCAAGGCUCGCCAGACACAACAGCAGAGAAGGACCCACACGCCCGAGAUAAAGGAGGGCAAAUACUUCUACAAGGACAAGGACCUCGAGAUCUUGCCUGGUCUGAGCGCUAAGAUCCACAACUGA